AUGACGUUCCGUCUCGAGUUUCAAUUCGGUUUUCAUUUAGUGGAAGAUGCUCUUGCCCAACGGCAGUUCCUACGGAUCGUUGAUGAUUAUCCAAGUUUAUACGCCGGUCCACACGUUCGAAACGCAAUCAGAAGGUAUGCUCAGCUCCUUUCAUACACAUUACUAAACAUGGAAUUCGUGAGAAGACCAAUCGAAUACAAUCAAUUAUUUUGUCAUGAAAUCUACCGCUUUGCUAUUUUCCCAGCGACAAGAAGCGCCCUUGCCUUAACUAUUUCCUUUUCCUUUAGAUAUGAACUUUUCUGGCUGCCUUUGCUGGCUCAGUAUGCCACUCGUACAGAGAAAUGGUUCAUUGCUUUGAACAUUGCAGCACCACUUGACAUCGCCUGGGUGUGGCAUGUGCACAUGCUGUCCCCUGUCAGUUACCAAAGGGACUGUAAUGAAAUUGUCGCCACUUUGGUGGAUCAUAAGAUACUAGUCGGUGAGCAACGGUAUGAAGGGCUUGUAAAGGCCCUAUGGGAAAAGCUGUAUCCUGAAGAACCUUUUGAAGUAGACCUGACGGCCCCUGUUUGCGACGCGCCAGAUUUCCAAUCAAGAAUUGAGUAUGACAUCGAGGCUGCUUGUGCUCGACAGAGGGUUUUUAAUUAUCAGGCGUCCUUACCUCAUUUUGCGGAUAAGAGAUUUUUGACCAAAGCAGUGGAGAGGUAUAAAUUACAUCUUUACCUGAAGCAGCAAAAUCCAGAGACGUUUUUUGUACCGUGCUAUGACUCUGACCUUAUUUGGCACGCACAUCAGCUUAAUCCAUUAAUCUACACAAGAGACACCACGAAAAUCCUAGGUAAAGUAUUCAACCACAAUGAUUCGGUGAACGAUCGAAAGCCCGGCUCAAAACUUAGCAAGUCUGAAACAGUAACACGAAAGAAAUGGAAAAACCUGGGUCAUCAAUUUGCACUUAAUGGAGCCAUGUUUCGCGGAGAGCCUCCACUUAUUACACAGAAAGAAUCCAUUGAUUACAGUUUGCAUGCAGCAUUUGAGUACACCGUGGACUUGACCACGUUGGAAGUUGAAGGUCUCCCAAAACCGAAACCCUACACUGUCGAAAUUGAUGAUAUCAAUGGCUCGCAAGUGCUAAAGGUGCAUGUUCGUGGACCAGCCGCAAGAGUAACAAAAUCUGAUGGUGUGCUAUCAAGAUUUGCAUAUAAAAAGAAGAAUAGCGUGAAUUUAAGGGUGAGCGUUCUUGUACUAAUUUUUUCUUUCUUUAAUGUUUUAUUUCCAUCAAGGCUUGAAACUAGCUUUUAAAUGAAGUAGUAUCAUAAUUGAUACACCUGAAGUUUUUGUAUGAAUGAAUAAAGAUUGGUACUCGAAUCUAGCUACAAAGUCAUACUACAAUCAUAGGCUUUCCGCGGUGAGUCACUGUUGCCGAAGAAAUAAUACAAGAUAUCCACUGAACUAACGUUUUUCAAGCUGACCAACAGAGGGGUGCCGAAUUACAGAGAACAUAAAGAUUCUUUGAAGAACAACCAUAUGAAAUAAUAUCGCGAGUAGUAAGAGGCGAGCAGGUCCAGUAUGAUUUGACGUGUGAGACAUGGGCAAAUCACAAGAAAUAGUAAUAAGAAAUUUUUUAGUAAUUUUAUCAUCGAGUUUGUUUUUGUUUAUCAAUCAUUGAUCGCUUCAGAUACGGUCAAUCAUUUUCCGUCGGAGAAUGUAGCCAAAGGUAAGCAUGAAGGCGAAUAAUUUGCACCAAGUUACACAAUAAGUCGUAUUACUUAUGAGCGAACUCUAGUAUGUAGGUGGAUAUUUUCAACUUUGAAAGUUGUUUGUUGGACGAGAGAAAGGAAGAAUGGUUUGAGUAAAGAAAUAGCAGUCUCGGAAAGGAUUGUUUUCGUCAACCUAUAAGAACUAACGACCUUUUCCUUAAUUGAAAUCUGGUUAUCACCGAACCUUAAGUCACAGUCACGGACUAAAAAACUUUCCAUAAGCUACCCCUUCCUAAAAUAUUUCAUUGCACAUAAUGAAUAUGCAUGUGUUUUUGGUUUACUCUGUUAGGUUCGUAUUCAGCAACGUGGUGGGACUUGCUCUUGCUUUUCACAUUUAUUAGACGAGUCUGCUGAGUAUUCCUUCUCAGACGAAUAUCUGGCUGAGAGAUUCCCUUGCGAAAGGAACGUAGUGUCUCAACCGGAAACGCACGAGUUAACCAUCGCUGAAAACCUGAUUGUUCGAUUUACUACUGUGGUGCAUUCACCUAAGCCAGAUGAAUACUUUUUCUCAGUAAUGCCAAAUGGGGAUUUCAACCCAGUCCAAGAUGCUACUUCCAUUUUGAGCUCACCAGCACUGUUCCUUUCACCAUUUUCUUUGAAUCAAACGGUGGCUUCUAGUGAAAUGUCUUUGCAUCGGCUAGUGGAUUAUUGGGAGCGAGAAGCGUUUAUCUGCCGAGUGAUGCACUCGGCUGAGUUGCUGUUCUCCUCCGUAGAGGUCAUGAACCACGUCGGUGAUGUUGUUAGCACGGCGCACCUUCUACGCGGAAAUGUCCUUCCAGCAAAGAAGCAAGUCGGCGAACCCCAGUUUUGUUGCACUUUGGAUGAGGCGGGAGGGAAAGAGCCAUGUUGA